AUGGCACCACAUCCACAACAUUCUGUGUCGAAGAAAGGACCAAGAAAACCAGUACCGCAUGGUCCCUCGGGAAACGAAUCUGUAAGAAAUUCUGGACAGGAUAUGUUUCGUCCUUUGGCUCGCCGUUUUGAAGAAUAUUUCGCAAAAUGUAGAACCAAACUCCUAAAUGGCCAUAUAAAGACAGUACGAACGGUAGCUUGGAAUUGCGACGGUCGAAAACUUGCAAGCGGUUCUGUUGAUAAAACUGUUCGGUUAUGGGAAGCGGAUCAAGAAGACAUAAAAUAUUCCAUCAAGUUACUCGGUCACGAAGAAAGUGUGGAUCAACUUUGUUGGAGUCCUCAAUCGCCAAACGAACUAGCGACAGCUUCGACUGAUAAAACAGUUAGAUUCUGGGAUACACGAGAUGUAAAGCGAUGUACCCAUGUCGUGAAAACAGACGGAGAGAAUAUAAAUAUCAGCUGGAGCUGGGAUGGCUCGAUGGUUGCAGUUGGUGAUAAGGAUGAUAAAAUUUCAUUUAUCGAUCCGAGGCAUAAGCCGUCACCUGUUAUAGUUAAAACCUAUGCGGAAGGUGAUGAUGUAAGAGAUGAGAUUAAUGAAAUUAGCUGGAAUCAUGAUUGUUCAUUGUUCUUUUUAACAACUGGUUCUGGGGCUAUUAAAAUAUUGAAAUGGCCUUCAUUGCAGCCAGUUCAUGUACUGAGAGGUCAUACUGCAAAUUGUUAUUGUAUUGAUUUUGAUCCAAAGAGACGAUAUGUAGCUGCAGGAGGAGCAGAUGCUCUGGUUACAUUGUGGGAUCUAGAAGAAUGUGUUUGUCUAAGAUCAUUUAAAGAAUUAGAAUUUCCAGUACGGACAAUUAGUUUUACUUAUGAUGGAGUUUAUUUAGCGGCAGCUUCCGAAGAUGAACAUAUUAUCGUUACGGGUAAGACUGUUUACAGGAUUAAAACAAUGGCUGCCACCAAUUCCGUUGCAUGGCACCCGAAAGGUUAUCUGUUGGCAUUUGCUGGUGAUGAAGAAGGAAUUCAAGACCAAAAAAAUUAUAUUGGUUUGAAAGUAUUUGGAUUCAAUGAUUAG